UCAAGUCAAUUUUUGAGUUUUUGCAAAAUAAUUUGCACUAAAAGAAACACUAAUUUUUAUUUUUAUUCUUCGAUCGUCAGGACAUAAGUCUCGAAAAUGAACAGAUUAUUUGGUAGAGGAAAACCCAAAGAACCAGGCCCAAGUAUCACUGAUUGCAUUAGCAAUGUAGAUGCGAGAGCAGAUAAUAUCGAACAAAAAGUCCAGAAAUUGGACACAGAACUUCGUAAAUACAAAGAUCAAAUGAACAAAAUGAGGGAAGGUCCAGCAAAGAAUUCUGUCAAACAAAAAGCAAUGCGAGUUUUAAAACAGAAGAAGCAGUAUGAACAACAGCUUGAUGGUCUAAGAGCCCAGUCCUUUAACAUGGAGCAGGCUAAUUAUGCUACACAAACACUGAAGGACACUCACCACACCAUUGCAGCCAUGAAGGAUGGAGUAACACAGAUGAAGAAAGAGUUCAAGAAAAUCAAUAUUGAUUCAAUUGAGGAUGUAAAUGAUGACUUGGCAGAUAUGUUAGAGCAAGCAGAUGAAGUGCAAGAAGCCCUGGGCAGGCAAUAUGGUAUGCCAGAGAUUGAUGACGAUGAGCUGGCUGCUGAAUUAGAUGCUCUGGGUGACGAGUUUGCUCUGGAUGAUGAUUCCUCAUACUUAGAUGACGUUGUGAAAGCCCCAGCGGCCCCUGAUAAGGAACCAGGAGCAGACAGCAUCCGUUACAAGGACGGGGUGCCCGUCGAUGAGUUUGGCCUGCCUCAGGUACCUAGUGCUGCUCAGACUUCUCGCUGAUAGGCUUCAGGGUGAUGAACAUUUCAAAGUUUGCUGGUAUCCACAAAACAUUGCUUAAUAAGUAAAAAACGGUAAAAAAUUAUGGCUCUGUAUUGUAGAGUAAAAAAAAUGUGUAAAUUGUUUAAACCGAAAAAUUAUUGAACUCUUUUAUAUGUUUAGGUGUUAUAUGUACCACCUGUCUAGGAUCUUAUUGGAUUAGGAGUUGCCUACUUAAUAAAAAGUAACUAACAAAUAUAUUUCUAUAUUACUUAUAAAGUUAUAGAAUGACCACUGGUAAUAGGGAUUCUAUUUUUCUUGAUCAAACUAUAACUUUAGCAUGACAGCUGAUUUCACCGAUCUUUUCAUGAAAGUUUUCUAACAAUUUGUAGAAGGUUCUUACAGAAAGCAAAAAAAAAAAAUGAAAAUUUAGCAGAAAUUAGAAAACUUGAGAAAAUUUUAACCUUCACUUACAAAUCAACCCCAUAGGUGGCGCUGCUGUACAGUUUAAGGAAUUUUAAAGUAUGAUAUUAUGUGGAUACUGGUGUUUUGAUAUUGUUAUAUUUUCCCAGAAUAGCCUGAAAUAAGAUCACAAAAUUAAACUGUAUCAUAAUAAUAUGUUAUUAAUUAAUGAUAAAUGGACAUGUUGUUUAGGUGCAUAAAAUAUUUAAAAACAUUCUGCACUUGAUUCAAAAUAUGUAUCGCCCAUGCAAAUAGUUUUAUGCCAUUAUCUCUUAAUGUGUUGAAAUGUGAUCAGGCUUAUGAACUAUCUUAAUAUAAGGUGAAAUAUUUCACCUUAU